GGAAAUGGCUGCUGCCUCCGAACCUGUAGGGUCGGGUGGCCCAAGGAGUCCUGCGUGCCCAGAGCCCCCUCCCACCCGUUUCCACCAAGUGCACGGAGCUAAUAUCCGCGUGGACCCAUCCGGGACGCGAGCCACACGCGUGGAGAGCUUCGCCCACGGUGUGUGCUUCAGUCGCGAGCCUCUGGCCCCGGGUCAGGUAUUCCUAGUGGAGAUAGAGGAAAAAGAGCUGGGCUGGUGCGGGCACCUGCGUCUUGGUCUGACCGCUCUGGACCCAGCCAGUCUGGCCGCCGUGCCAGAGUUUUCACUGCCUGACCUGGUCAGCCUUGGCCACAGCUGGGUCUUCGCUAUCACGCGCCAUCACAACCGCGUGCCCAUUGAGGGUCAACCAGAAACAGAGGCAGCGGUCCCCAGCGGCUCCGAAACGCCACUGGUUGAACCCUAUCUGCGCAUCGAGCAGUUCCGAAUUCCCAGGGACCGCCUGGUGGGCCGCAGCCGGCCAGGGCUUUAUAGCCACCUCUUGGAUCAACUCUAUGAACAAAACGUGCUGCCUCCCACAGCGCGCCGUAGCCGCCUGGGUGUUCUCUUUUGCCCGCGUGAGGAUGGGACUGCUGACAUGCACAUCGUUAUCAACGGGGAGGACAUGGGCCCCAGCGCCAGAGGGUUGCCAGCUGCCCAGCCCCUCUACGCUGUGGUAGAUGUGUUCGCUUCAACGAAGAGUGUGCGCCUCAUCCAACUGGAGUAUGGCUUGCCGUCUCUACAGACUCUGUGUCGUCUGGUCAUCCAGAAGAGUGUGGUGCACAGGCUGGCCAUUGACGGGCUCCACCUGCCCAAAGGACUCAAAGAUUUCUGCAAGUUUGAAUGAAGGCCUGUGGCCACCGGUGGGAAGCCACAGGAGUGCAUCCUGCCUCCAGGGCAGUGGCUUGUCUGAAGUUGGGGGGUCAAAUGGCUACCAACUGGGGCCAGAAAUAAAUAGAGCUGAUGUUGGUGUUCUGAGCACUGGAGGAUCUCCUUGCUUCUGCAGCCUUGGGAGAGGCACUUCUAGAGUCAGCAGGUCAGAGGAAGUAUUUUAGAACCAAUCUAGAUUAGGGCUCUCCAGCAUGUACACUCCU